CCAUAAACCACAAAAUCAGAACUGCGCAUCACCUGUGCUACCCAGUGUCUAGUCUAGACAGUAGAUAAGAGCUAGUUGGGAAGUAUGCAACAGUCUCACGCCCUUCGGAGUUGCCUGAAGAGGAUACAGGAGGUACCCUUCUACACAAAGACCUGUUGUCAACCUGGAUUGAAAAGAGUCUCCUUUGAGAACACGCAUAUGUGUGAAGAAGAAAGGAACAUCAGAUCAUCACUACGAUCUGGGAAGAGACCACGUGAAGAUGAUGCAAGUGAUAGCAGUGAGGGAAGUCCUAGAGCAUCACUACGAUCUGGGAAGUAAGUUUGAGUUUGAUUUCAAUUAUAUCUCAAACAAUUGUGUGUUGUAUCAAAGGAGACCACGUGAAGAUGAUUCAAGUGAUAGCAGUGAGGGAAGUCCUAGAGCAUCACUACGAUCUGGGAAGAGACUACCACCACUUGAAGAAAGCUCAAGUGGCGGCGCUGACGAGAGCAGUCCUGAAGAUAGUGAUUUUUCCACCGGAAGUCUUCCGUCUCCUCCCAAGUACUGCAUAGUUUCUGAUUUGCUUGUGUUUUAUAAUAUGUGACCGUGCACGCAAAAACCAACCUUAUGCCACACAAUGUUUUUCGAGUUAGCGGUGUAUUUUG